AGGCGGCGGCGGCUGCUGAGGCUCGGGAGCCUCAUCAGUGACACCGGUCCGCUGUCCCCCAAACCCGGCCGGGGCGGCCGGCCCCCACCCAUCCACCCACCCCGGGCCGCGCGCUGAGGGGCCGCCUGGAGCCCGGGUCUCUUUGUUGGGCGCGCACCCCCUCCUUUUGGUGGCAACAAAGUCGCGCAGUGGGAGCCGCCGCGAGGGGGCGGGGAGCUGGCGGGGCGGGACUCCGGGGACAGCCGGGCCAAAAAGUGGGGAGGAGGGAAAAGGCAGGCGGCGUGCGGGGCCCGGCGCGCGGACAGCCCGCUCAGAAGUAUGCGGAGGGCCCCCUCCGGGGCCCGGGCACCCGCGGAGAGCCAGUCUCGCAAAAGUUUGGCGGCGGCGGCUGCCCCGGCGGCGUGGAUGGCCGCGCGCCCCGCGUCGCGCGGGGGCUGAGCGGGCGUCACCUCCCCUCCGGCCCCGCUUUUGUGUCUCGAGCCUCCUGCUCAUGCUGCGUCCGGCCCCCUCCUGCGGCGGCCGCUGCUGAGCGCUCUCCCGGGCCGAGCGGGGGACCGAGCGGGGACGGGACGGCGGCGGGGCGGCCGCGGCGCGGGGGCCAGGCAGGACUAUGGGAAACGGGAUGUGCUCCCGAAAGCAGAAGCGGAUCUUCCAGACGCUGCUGCUGCUCACCGUGGUGGUCGGCUUCCUCUACGGCGCGAUGCUCUACUACGAGUUGCAGACGCAGCUGCGGAAAGCCGAGGCGGUGGCGCUCAAGUACCAGCAGCACCAGGAGUCCCUUUCCGCCCAGUUACAAGUUGUGUAUGAACACAGAUCAAGAUUAGAGAAAUCCUUGCAAAAGGAAAGACUUGAACAUAAGAAAGCAAAGGAAGAUUUUCUUGUUUAUAAAUUAGAAGCACAAGAAACACUAAAUAAAGGAAGGCAAGAUUCCAAUAGUAGAUACAGUGCAUUGAAUGUGCAACAUCAGAUGUUGAAAAGUCAACAUGAGGAGCUAAAGAAACAGCACAGUGACUUGGAAGAGGAACAUCGCAAACAAGGAGAAGACUUCAGUCGGACAUUCAAUGACCAUAAGCAGAAAUACCUGCAGCUGCAGCAAGAGAAAGAACAGGAGCUUUCUAAGCUAAAAGAAACCGUGUACAAUUUGAGAGAAGAGAAUAGACAGCUAAGGAAAGCGCACCAGGACAUGCACACACAGCUCCAAGACGUCAAGCAACAGCAUAAGAAUUUACUCUCCGAGCAUGAGCAGCUUGUAGUGACUUUGGAAGACCACAAGAGUGCGCUGGCUGCUGCGCAGACUCAAGUUGCAGAAUAUAAGCAACUGAAAGAUACUCUGAAUAGGAUUCCAAGCUUUCGAAAACCAGAACAGGCAGAGCAGCAGAAUUUUACCCAGCUGGCGCGUUCUCCACAAGGUGACAGCACAGCAAGGAAGAAGUCAGCUGGAGAGCCGCGGGAGGUAUCUCGAAAUAGUGAUGUGUGGCAGGACCAUGAAGCAGUUCCUGGAAGAACAGAAGAAACAAAACCGUAUUCUCCCACCCAGAGGGAGGCGGAAUUCCAGGCCCCAGCAGAUCUGCACCAGCAAGAGGCAGAACGUAGAGGGCCUGAGGAGCGUCAGGCGGAAGAGGAGCACAGAAAGGCCCUCGAAGAGGAGGCCAUGGAGCAGGUCGGGCAGGCGGAACACCUGGAGGAGGAACACGACCCGUCCCCAGAGGAGCAGGAUCGGGAGUGGAAGGAGCAGCGGGAACAAAAGGAAGAAGCCCACCUUCUGGAAGGGCACGCUCCUGCGGAGGUGCGAGGCCAUCCACGUCAGGUGUAUCCUUCCGCCAAGCCGAUCACCAGAUUCCGAUCACCGUAUGAGGAGCAGCUGGAGCAGCAGAGACUGGCAGUGAGGCGGGACGAGGAGGCCCAGCGGCUGAGACGACAGCAGGAGGCCCUGCACCAGCAGAGGCUGCAGGGACACUUGUUGCGGCAGCAGCAGCAACAGCAGCAGCUCCUGGCCAGAGAGACGGCACAGCAGAGACCGGCGGGGCCCGAGGAGGGGGAGGGGCCGGAGCAGCGCCCGCAGCAGCCACGGCAGCAAGCUCAUUACGAUGCUAUGGAUAAUGAUAUUGUUCAGGGAGCAGAGGACCAGGGCAUCCAGGAAGAGGAAGGAGGUGCCUAUGAGAGAGAUAACCAGCACCAAGAUGAGGCAGAAGAAGACCCAGACAAUGGACGUGAACCUCGAGAACAAGGGCCUCAUGAAACUGACCCAGAAUCGGAGGCAGAUAGGGCUGCUGUAGAGGAUAUAAACCCAGCAGAUGACCCUAAUAAUCAAGGCGAAGAUGAAUUUGAGGAAGCCGAGCAAGUGAGAGAAGAAAAUCUGCCAGAUGAAAAUGAAGAGCAAAAACAAAGUAAUCAAAAGCAGAAUGCAGAAAUGGAGGAGCAUCUGGUGAUGGCAGGAAAUCCAGACCAGCAGGAGGACAAUGUUGAUGAGCAGUACCAGGAGGAGGGAGAGGAGGAGGUUCAGGAAGAUUUGACCGAAGAGAAAAAAAGGGAAUUGGAGCAUAAUGCUGAAGAGACCUACGGUGAAAAUGAUGAAAACGCUGAUGAGAAAAACAACGAUGGAGAAGAACAGGAAGUUCGAGAUGACAACCGCCCCAAAGGCCGAGAGGAACAUUAUGAGGAGGAGGAAGAGGAGGAGGAAGACGGGGCUGCUGUUGCUGAGAAGUCCCGGCGACGAGCUGAAAUGUAACGGUGCCGCCUUCACACAGCGCUCAGCCAGCGGCUUCUGUUCACGCUGCUCGAAAAUACAUCUGCCUACUGAACUCUAGGAUAUUUAAUUACAAAAAUUAAGAAUUUAGACAUUUUUUAACUUUUGUAUUAGAAAAGCUCAUACAUUUAUACAAAUAUAUUUUGAUAACCUAGGUUAGAGCUUCUUUUAUAUUCAAACUAAACAUGAGCAGGAAGAAAAACAGUAAAGCAAACCUUAGACUCUGGAGCUGACUUUUUAUAGACUAUGUGGUGUUGGGAAGGAUGUCGAUUUUGUACAUGUUUCAACUUUCCUAUCUUCUAGUUUCCAGGUGAUCUGUUGUUUGCCUUUGAUAAAAUACAGGAUUUCUGAAGAGGGAACACUGCAAGGUGCCGUGCAGACUUCCAGGAGAACGGCCAGUUGACUCCCGUCUGCCCUUCCCAGGGUCUUGUGUAUAGUUCUGAUGGGAUUGUCACAGUCUGUCUCGCUCUCAAGUAAGAGCCACGUACAGAGUGACAUGCAGUUGGAAAGACAUUUCUCUUGUAAAGAACUUGUUUCCAACUUUUCAGAUCAGUUAAGAAAAUGUUUGGCUUUACUUAAAAUCACAGCUGUUCUUCGUGAAAGGAAUUAAAUUUACAAAUGGAAUAAUACUAAAACUCACGUCACAGUAUUCUGGACUUAGAUAUUUCAGUAUUCGACAAGGUAUGACACAUGAGUGUAUUCGCCUUUUUGAAGGACUGACUCCUUGUUUACUGACUAAUUUAGUGUGUAUGGGUGGUGUUUUCUAUGUGAGCACCUAUCCUGUUUUUUUCCUGAAGUCACCUAGUGAAAUCCUUGUUUCAGUAUCUAGUUCUCUACAGUAAUAUAUAUUUCCCCUAUAAGCUCUGUGCCUCAAUAUGUAAUUACUUUGGUGACAAAUCUGAAUAUGAAGGCAUACCAAAUUGUACAAUUGAAUAGGAUUAUUUUUUGAAAACUGUACGGUGAAAUACACGUGUCGAUAUGACAGACUCUCAUGGCUUUUCUGUUUUUUGCUGGGACUGGGCCUGCAUUCUGCCCACAUAUAAGCAUUUUAGUGAUUAUGAAUUAUAACAAUCCUUUAAAAUAAAAAAAAUUAAAAAUCAAAAAUUUCCCUUGAGAUAGAGACAUAUUUCUGUCUCAAGCAUAGAUUUUUAAAUAUGUAAAAUUAGGUUAUAUAAUUCCUAUGUGUGUGGUUUUAUAAUAAUACUCUCAAAUUAAUAAAAACAAAUUUCAAUUUC